GUACUCGGUGUUGCAAGGUUCAGUGACGAUGAAAGAUGGCUGCGCCCAUGUAAUACCUGUAGCUGUUGUUGACCUUUCCUUUUCCUCCUUGUCAUUUGCGCCCUGUGGUGGCAGGCAGGGCACGAGGACCAUGCUGGGCCGGACCCUCCGAGAAGUUUCUGCGGCACUGAAACAAGGCCAAAUUACUCCAACUGAGCUCUGUCAGAAAUGUCUCUCUCUUAUCAAGAAGACCAAGUUUCUAAAUGCUUACAUUACUGUAUCAGAAGAGGUGGCCUUAAAGCAAGCUGAAGAAUCAGAGAAAAGAUACAAGAAAGGUCACUCACUUGGGGAUUUAGACGGAAUUCCUGUUGCAGUAAAAGACAACUUUAGCACGUCCGGCAUUGAGACAACAUGUGCAUCAAACAUGCUGAAAGGUUAUGUACCACCUUUUAAUGCUACAGUUGUUCAGAAAUUAUUGGAUCAGGGAGCUCUUCUAAUGGGAAAAACAAACUUAGAUGAGUUUGCUAUGGGAUGUGGAAGCACAGAUGGUAUAUUCGGACCAGUUAAAAACCCCUGGAGUUUUUCAAAACAAUAUAGAGAAAAGAGGAAGCAGAAGCCCCAUGGUGACAAAGAGGAUUCAGAUUGGCUUAUAACUGGCGGAAGCUCAGGAGGGAGUGCAGCGGCCGUAUCAGCCUUCACAUGCUUUGCGGCUUUAGGAUCAGACACAGGAGGAUCGACCAGGAAUCCAGCUGCCCACUGUGGGGUUGUUGGUUUAAAACCAAGCUAUGGCUUAGUUUCUCGUCAUGGUCUCAUUCCCCUGGUGAAUUCAAUGGAUGUGCCGGGAAUCCUAACCAGAUGUGUGGAUGAUGCAGCAGUUGUGUUGGGUGUACUGGCUGGGCAUGACUGCAAAGAUUCUACCACAGUACAAGAUCCUGUUAAACCAUUUGUGCUUCCGAAUUUGACAGACGUGAGCAAAUUAUGUAUAGGAAUUCCGAAGGAAUAUCUUGUACCAGAAUUAUCAAAUGAAGUACACUCUCUUUGGUCCAAAGCUGCGAAUCUCUUUGAGUCCGAGGGGGCCAAAGUGAUUGAAGUGUCCCUGCCCCAUACCAGUUAUUCAAUUGUCUGCUACCAUGUAUUAUGUACAUCGGAAGUGGCAUCGAAUAUGGCAAGAUUUGAUGGACUAGAAUAUGGUCACAGAUGUGACAUUGAUGUGUCUACUGAAGCCAUGUAUGCUGCAACCAGACGAGAAGGGUUUAAUGAUGUGGUGAGAGGAAGAAUUCUCUCAGGAAACUUUUUCUUAUUAAAAGAAAACUAUGAGAAUUAUUUUGUGAAAGCACAGAAAGUGAGACGACUCAUUGCUAAUGAUUUUGUGAAUGUUUUUAACUCUGGAGUGGAUGCUUUGCUAACACCCACCACCUUGAGUGAGGCAGUGCCAUACCUGGAGUUCAUCAAAGAAGACAACAGAACGCGAAGUGCCCAGGGUGACAUUUUCACACAGGCCGUAAAUAUGGCGGGAUUGCCGGCAGUGAGUGUCCCUAUGGCCCUCUCAAACCACGGCCUGCCAAUAGGACUACAGUUUAUUGGACGUGCGUUUUGUGACCAGCAGCUUCUCGCAAUUGCCAAAUGGUUUGAAAAACAAGUCCAAUUUCCUGUUAUCCAACUUCAGGAAUUAAUGGAUGAUUGUUCAUCAAUCUUCGAAAAUGAAAAGUUAACUUCUGUUUCUCUAAAACAGUAGUGAUGAACAUAUUGUGCAAAUUAAAA